AUGCAAGACGGCAGCUCGAACGGUAUAUCCCACCACAACGAUGAACGCGUGACGCCAGACAUAGAAGAAAAGCCAUCUGAAUCUCCUGCGGUCGAGCAAACACCGGAUCCCGCGAAUCGCGAAUUGGUCCCUUCCGAAGCCAAGGAGAAUGAGCUUCUAACUGACCUUUCCGAGGGACCUCCUUCCAAAAGGCGAAAACUCGCAGGACCCGGCAGUGCGCGCCGCUUGACACCGCGACCACCAUCGCCGCCAUGGAAGAAGGCAGGUGCCGAUGGGCCGACUUCGUUCCUUCAAGAUGGAAGGCGGAGAUCCUCCCGAGUCAACGCGAUUCCCCUCGAGUUUCAGCCCCCGUCGGACAAGAGGCAUACACGCGCAGCUCAAAAACACUCUGUUGGCAAGAAUAGGUUCGGCGGUGGGAAGGCUGUCGCGUCGUCGCCACUUUCCACGAGCGCGUCACAAUCGGAGAUAAAUAGCAGGCACAUAAGUGGCAAUACAAGCAAUGGAUCGCCGAUGAGUGCAAAUAUAAGGGGAGCGAAUAACAGGCGGUCUCGCGUCUCACAAUCGCCAGCGCCCAAGCAGGCUAAUGCGCGAACGAGGUCGCAAAGUUCCGGUGCUUCGGCCUCUCUCCUGCCCUCAUUCAACGUCAGCUCCAAUGGUCUUUGUUCCAAGAAGUCUCGCCCCAGUCGAUCCGCUUCAACCGCGACUCCCAUACUGGUAAACGGCACGGAGGAGCUUAAUGGCAUUGGUGGCAAUGAAAUAGAGCCUGGAGAAGGACAAGGCCCGCGUGUGCCAAGACUGCGAAUCAAAGUGAAGAAGCCUUUCAUUGGGGUGCAACAUCCUUCCCAUGUACUGCCACCCCGGAAAUACGCUUCUUUCAAAGACUGGCUUGAUCGUGAGGGAAGAAAAGUUGACGACGACGCUAUCCUCACGUCAGACGAAGCACUUGAGGAAGCUCGAAAAAGACUUCGGGUGGUAGAGGCAACCGAACCUGGCGGUCUUUUGAGCCCGACUGUAUGCUCCGCAUAUUUGCCUGAACAACAGGAGGAACCAUCCCAUCAGUACUCGCAUCAAGACCAUCUCGUUGCGCAUGCUCUGUACUUCAAGAAGUUGCUUGAUCAGGAACAUCGGCGCCAUCGCAACACGGCGAGACUCUUUGCUCAGUGGUGUGCCGACGCGUGGAGGAAACGUAACAAGCGACCGGAAGAUAUCCUCAGAGAGCAGCAAGAAGAGAUGCGCGGGAAGCGCAAGCAACUGGCCAAGGACCUUCAGAGAAUGUUCGACUUAGCUCGUGCAGAGGUGGAUCGAAUGCGUUUAGCACGCUGGGAAGAGGAGAGAAAGGUGGAGGAUCAACGCGCCCUUGAUCGUGCAAUCAAGCAAUCGACUAUGUUGUUCGAGAAGCGACGCUUAGAAAUACUGGGCGAGAACGGAAGCGACGUCCCUGACUCUACGGAUGCCGAGGACUCUGAAACAGAUGACAGUUCAAGUGUUGAGGAUGAGGAUGAGAAUAAUAUGUCUUCUACGGAUUCGGAAUCCGAGGAUGACAACGAUGUUGAUGGUGAUGAAGGCUUAACAGCAGAGGAACUUCGCUUAAAAUAUGCCGAUCUUCCAGACGCCAUAUCAGACGGCGAAUCUGUCGCCUCAGACGAUACGACAUCUUCCAGGAAUACAGAUCAUAUGCACGAAAUUCAAAUAAUCGGGGCAGAUGAAUCAGAAGGGGAUGCUGCGCUAGAGCCGGUAGACCUCGAAGAAGUCGACCCGAUGCUCUUAGAUGACAGUGACGAAGAAUCGACUGAUAUGGAUGAUGAUAUGGGCGAGAGUGAUGAGGACAGGAGCUCCGAUGACGCUGGAUCGGAUGCUGAAAGCGAUGAUGGACCGGGGUUACUGGGUUUCUUUGCGGGAAAAGAUCUCAGAGUGAAUGACAUGGAUCAUGCUGAUGAUGAGGGCGAUGAGUUCGCAGCCGAUGGUGUCUACGAAGGAGAGGUUCUUCUUGAUGAGGAUGAACGAUCUGAUUCAGUUGAAGAUGACGAGGAUGAAGAGUUGGAGGAUCCUGACGAAGUCUCUCUGGUUCCGAACGGCCCGUCAAAUCCUGCAUCAAUUCAAAAGGAAACAGUCGUAACUUCCGCGAGUGACACCAUCUACGAAGAGCAUUCGAAGCGAAUCGAAGCUAUCGAUACCGACAUGCCCGAGGCAACUCCACUUGAUGACUCCGCUGUGCUUGACACACCGAACGAGAUAGUUCCCGUUCCAUCUCAUUCCCCAGUAAUAAGUCAUGAUGAGCACGAAGUUCGUCACAAUGGAGAGGCAUCUAGUGAAGUAUCCCCUGGAACUCUUGCGACAAAAGCUUCUGAACCCGAUUCUGUUUCUUCAUUUGAAACGUCUGGAGACAAGGCAUCUCAGGUACUCGAAUCGCCUACUCCUGGCUUGAAGACGCCAAUACCACAUCUCCUCCGAGGAACUUUGCGAGAAUACCAACACUAUGGAUUGGAUUGGCUUGCCGGGCUCUACAACAAUCAGAUCAACGGCAUCCUUGCGGAUGAGAUGGGUCUUGGAAAGACCAUUCAGACGAUUGCCUUGCUUGCACAUUUGGCCGUUGAACAUCAAGUUUGGGGGCCACAUUUGGUGGUUGUGCCAACAAGUGUCAUACUCAACUGGGAAAUGGAAUUCAAAAAGUGGUGCCCUGGUUUCAAGAUUAUGACUUACUAUGGUAGCAUAGAGGAGCGAAGGCAAAAGCGCAAGGGUUGGACGGAUGACACGAGCUGGAAUGUACUGAUCACUUCUUACCAACUGGUCCUACAGGAUCAACAGGUUCUGAAGAGGAGAAACUGGCAUUACAUGGUACUUGACGAAGCUCAUAACAUCAAGAACUUUCGCUCGCAGAAAUGGCAAACGUUGCUUACGUUCAGGACUCGCGCUCGGCUGCUUCUUACAGGCACACCGCUCCAGAACAAUCUCACGGAACUAUGGUCGCUUCUCUUCUUCCUGAUGCCUUCUGAUGGUGAUGGGACUGGCAUUGAGGGAUUUGCUGAUCUCCGGAACUUCUCCGAAUGGUUUCGGCGGCCCGUGGAGCAGAUAUUGGAGCAUGGCAGAGAGAUCAUGGAUGAAGAGACAAAGCGAGUUGUAACCAAACUCCAUACAGUUCUGCGUCCUUAUAUCCUUCGUCGCCUCAAAGCCGAUGUGGAGAAACAGAUGCCUGCCAAGUACGAGCAUGUUGUCUAUUGUAGACUUUCGAAACGACAAAGAUUUCUGUACGAUGGGUUCAUGUCCAUGGCACAAACAAAGGAGACUCUUGCGUCUGGGAAUUAUCUCUCCAUCAUCAACUGUCUCAUGCAGCUUCGGAAGGUUUGCAAUCACCCAGAUCUGUUUGAAACUCGACAGAUAUCAACGUCGUUUGUCAUGCCACACUCGGUGGCGACCGAAUAUGAGGUCAAAGAGCUUCUGGUCCGACGACGACUGCUAUUUGAACAUCCGCUUACGAAACUCGAUUUGGAUUUCCUGAACCUGGUCCCUAUCUCGAGAGAAGAUAUUUCUCGAAGAUUAGCGGACGAUAGUACCAGGCUUAUGGCCUACGGUCCUUUCAACAUGCUCAGAGAACGUCAAUACAAGCGAACCAAUUGGCAAAUGACUUUUGACGGAUCGACGGUGCAGAGUACACUUGAAGCCUUAGAAAACGAGGCGAGAAAGAGUCGAAUGGCAGAAUUGGAACGGUGCCUGUACUUUGAGUCAAAACGCCAUGGUCGUCGACCGGUGUAUGGGACUAGUCUCAUUGAGUUCCUUAGGGCGGAUAGCAAGCAGAACCCGACCUUAACUGGCUCCCCUCACAAGCGGUCUCUGGCAGAAUGGCUGUCGAACCGAUCUUCCGUUCUUGCAUCAAUGAUCUUGUCUAUUGAAGAGCGCUCCCAAGCCAUGGAUGGGUUCGUGAAACGAUUCGCCUGCGUGACACCAGCUGCAGUUGCCUCUGGUAUCACCGAAGCCGCUUUGACACCCUUAGAAACGCGGUAUCUGACAGAUAAAGAGCGUCUGCCUGCUUAUGAUCCUUUCCAUGAGGCACAGAUGCGGCUUUCCAUCGCGUUUCCAGAUAAGAGGCUGCUACAGUACGACUGUGGUAAACUGCAGAGGCUGGACAAGUUGCUACGUGAUCUCAAAGCUGGUGGUCACCGAGCCUUGAUUUUUACCCAAAUGACAAAAAUGCUCGAUAUUCUCGAGCAAUUCCUCAAUAUCCAUGGACACAGGUAUCUGAGAUUGGAUGGUACUACCAAAGUGGAGCAGCGCCAGAUUCUCACGGACCGGUUCAAUAAUGACGAUCGUAUUCUGGCGUUCAUCCUGUCCAGCCGGUCCGGUGGCCUGGGAAUCAACCUGACUGGCGCUGACACUGUGAUUUUCUACGACCUUGACUGGAAUCCAGCCAUGGACAAGCAAUGUCAAGACCGCUGCCACCGUAUAGGACAAACACGAGAUGUCCAUAUCUAUCGGUUUGUCUCGGAGUACACUAUCGAAUCAAACAUUCUCCGUAAGGCCAACCAGAAGAGAUUGCUGGACGAUGUCGUCAUCCAGGAAGGCGAGUUCACAACGGACUAUUUCACCAAGUUGGGUAUGCGUGACAUGAUCGACACCGAGGAACUGCGUGAAGGUCAGGACGAGGCUAGCGCUGCAAUGGAUCGUGUGCUGUCCAACCGCGUAGGUACCAGUGCUUCUCGGGUUUUCGAGCAAGCAGAAGACAAGGAGGACAUCGACGCGGCCAAGAACGCGCAGAAGGAGAUGGAGCAUGCGGACGAGGAUGACUUUGGGGACCGCAGCAUCCCGCAUACCCCUGGUCAGGCGGGAACACCAUCGUCCACUGGUCCUGAUGAAGGGGAAACACCUGGACCACAGCUACUUACUACGCCGCAAAUCCAUGGUGCGGAUGAUCACGUGGAUGUCGAACCGCUACCCGGUGAUGUUGAUGACUACCUCCUGAGGUUCAUGGAAUGGAACAUGAAGGAUGAACCACUCGUCCUGCCCCCAGACAAAUCAAAGAAGAAGUCCAAGAAGGGCAAAGAGCACCGUCUAAGCAAACGGCGGCGCUGA